AUGAGCAAGAUGAACAACCCGUUCGCGCAACCGCAGCAGACCGAGGUCUCGUCUGCCGCGCACCGCUUCCCCGACGUCCUCGCCUCGGACCCCGACCUCCAGCGACCACCGCCGCAGCAGCAGUACCAGCCCCAGCCCCAGUACCAGCAGCAGCAGUACACCGGCUACCAGCAGCAGCAGCCUCAGCAGCAGCAGUACCUCCAGCCCCAGUCGACCGGCUUCAACCCGUACUCAAACGGUGGGGGCGGUGCACCGUCGUCCCCGUACGCCGCGCAAGUGCCAGGGCAACCAGGCGGGCAGUACCAGUCGUCGUACGGCUACCAGCCCCAGCCCCAGCAGUCGUACGCGGCCGACCUCGACCCGUACGCCCACCUCGGCUCGCUCCAGCAGCAAGGCGCGUCAUCGUCGUCGUCCGGCGCAUCUGGGCUCGCGCAGGGCCAGGGCGGGUCGCUCCUCGCCGUUCAGCAGACGCAGAGCCACCCGCGGCAAUACGUCAGCGAGCAGCGCGGCGCCCUCAUGGCGUGGGACGACUACGCCUGGAAGCAGCUCCUCUCGAGGCUCGAUGCCCUGCGAGAAGCGUGGGAGACGCGAGUCGCCGGUCUGCGCGCGGCAGCAAACUCUGGCGCCGACCCGACCAACGUGCAGCAGCUGCAACGACGCGCAAACGAGCAAGUCGACGGCAUCCACGCAGCCAAGAUGCAGCUCGGCGAGGUGCAGAGCGGGUGGAGGCACAGCACCGACGCGGCAUCUAAAGCGCGAGUGCGCGAGGCGCUCAACGCCGGCAUCACGAGCUUGCCCGAGUACCCACCGCCCGUCUCGCCGCACGAGCUCGGCGGCUCGUUCAUCCACCAGGCGGCCAAGCAGGGCAUCAUGAGCCAGUACGGCCAGCCGCAACAGCCGCAGAUGACCGGGUACCAGCAGCCGCAGCAGACGGGCUACGGCGCAGCAGGAGGAGGAGGAGCGUAUGGCGGCAUGCAGCCGGGCUAUGGCGGGCAGCAGCAGCAGGGCGCCGGCGGCAUGUACCAACAGGGGCAGCCGACUGGGUACGGCGGUGGCGCGGGAGGGUACGGCAUGCAGCCGCAGCAGACUGGGUACGGCCAGCAGUACGGCCAGCAGGGAGGAGGAGGGUACGGCGGGCAGGGCGGAUACUACUAGCGUCUCGCAACGGACGAUAAUGACUGGGCAGC